AUGAAGCUAAUGGUCUGCAAUCUGUUGAAUAAGAACAGAUCCUCGAUUAAUGAAAAGCUGAAAGCCCAGAAUGAUAAAUCUACUGUUCCUCUUAAAGAGGAUGAAGAAUACGUGUUAAAUUCUCGUGUUUCAAAUGUCCAUGGUUCCAUCCCAGGGAAGUCGGAGCUACUUAAGUCAGGGAGCCCCAAAUCGACGUUAAAGCACAUAUGGACAGAAAGCACCAAGGACUUGUCCAUCAGUCGUCUGCUGUCACAGACUCUGAAUGGGAAAGAGAACGCCACGGCUCUGGAUCUUCACUAUGACACACCGGAGCCCUAUUCAGAAUGGGACUUAUGGGACUGGCUGAGGAAUGCUACCGAGCUCCAGGACUCGAGGCCCAGGGCCAAACGGCGGCCUAUGGUCAAGACAGGAAAAUUCAAGAAGAUGUUCGGAUGGGGAGACUUCCACUCUAACAUCAAGACAGUCAAGCUCAACCUUCUCAUCACCGGCAAGAUUGUCGACCAUGGCAAUGGUACCUUCAGUGUUUAUUUCCGCCACAACUCAACAGGCCAGGGCAACGUAUCUGUCAGUCUAGUGCCGCCGACCAAGAUCGUGGAGUUUGAUGUGACUGCGCAGCAGUCAGUCAUCGACGCCAAGGACUCAAAGUCCUUCAACUGCCGCAUCGAGUAUGAGAAAGUUGAGAAGGGCUCCAAAAACACGCUGUGCAACUACGACCCGUCCAAGACAUGCUUCCAGGAGCAGACGCAGAGCCAUGUCUCCUGGCUCUGCUCAAAGCCCUUCAAAGUCAUCUGCAUCUACAUCUCCUUCUACAGCACCGACUACAAGCUGGUGCAGAAAGUCUGCCCGGACUAUAAUUACCACAGCGACACUCCCUACUUCCCCUCGGGCUGA